AUGCGCUCAAUUCAGGGCGCAGCUCGUGUGGCCUCGCGCACACUCCGAGCCUCGCCAUUGCGACAAGGCCAGCCCAACAUCAAUCCCGCGGGACCGCAUCGGACUUUAUCGGCGCAAUGGAUCGUAGCUCGACCAUUGCACACAGUGCCACCACGAAAGGCAGCAUCUGCCUCGGCAGAGUCAACAGGAAAGGACUCUUCCAAUCCAGCAAUGUCUUUCCCCUGCCUAGACGCCCAAGAAGCCAGGUCCGCACAGCUUUCCGCGCGGUCGCUCGAGUCCGGCCCCGAGCCCUCAUACACAACCGGUCAACACGAAUCCUUCCAUUGCGAACAACCACUACUCCUCGACUGGGGUGGUGUCCUUCCAGAGUUUGACGUCGCGUACGAAUCAUGGGGCGAACUAAACAGCGACAAAAGCAAUGCCAUCCUCCUCCACACCGGCCUGUCAGCCUCAAGUCACGCCCACAGCACAGCUUCCAACCCCAAACCUGGAUGGUGGGAGAAGUUCAUCGGCCCAGGCCUGCCUCUAGACACCGACAAAUACCACAUAAUCUGCACCAACGUCCUGGGAGGCUGCUACGGCAGCACAGGCCCAUCAUCGGUGGACCCCUCCGACGGCAAGCGCUACGCAACCCGCUUCCCGAUCCUAACACUAGACGACAUGGUGCGCGCCCAAUUCCGGCUCCUUGAUGGGCUUGGUAUCAAAAAGCUAGCCGCCUCCGUCGGCUCCUCUAUGGGCGGCAUGCAGAGUCUCGCUGCAGGUGUUCUCUUCCCAGACCGCGUCGGCAAAAUUGUCAGCAUCAGCGGCUGCGCCCGCAGCCACCCAUACAGCAUUGCCAUGCGGCACACGCAACGCCAGGUCCUGAUGAUGGACCCGAACUGGGCGCGCGGAUUCUACUAUGACGCUAUCCCGCCGCACUCAGGUAUGAAGCUUGCACGCGAAAUCGCUACUGUCACGUAUCGCAGUGGACCGGAGUGGGAGAUGCGAUUUGGUCGCCGUCGUGCGGAUCCUAGCAAACAGCCUGCGCUGUGUCCUGAUUUCCUCAUUGAGACUUAUCUCGACCACGCUGGUGAGAAGUUCUGCCUGGAGUAUGAUCCAAAUAGUUUGCUUUAUGUUUCUAAGGCUAUGGAUCUGUUUGAUCUCGGUCACGCGCACCAGUCAGAGACUUUGCGCCGUCGUGCCGAGUCCGAGGAUCGCAUUAAGAACGGCGGGAUCGAGCCCUGUGUUGCGGAUGCCUCGUGCAGUCUUACUCUCCCUGACAAGCCAUAUGAAGAGCAGCCUAGCUCGACUUCCUCUGUGCCGCCUCUCGAUCAGUCCCUCUCGUCUGACCAAGUUGAUGGCCCGCCGCGCGAUCUUGUCGCUGGACUGACACCUCUUAAGGAUCACCCUGUUCUUGUCAUGGGUGUCGCCAGUGACAUCCUUUUCCCUGCUUGGCAGCAGCUUGAAAUUGCGGAGACACUCCGCGCUGGCGGAAACAAGAAUGUUGAGCAUAUCGAGCUUGGAGAUGAUCUUUCCUUGUUCGGUCAUGACACCUUCUUGUUGGAUCUGAAGAACAUCGGUGGUGCCCUUGGCAAGUUCUUGCGCUAG